GUACAUUGCUUUGAACCAUUGCUUGUGCAGUCUUCAUCAGUUCACCUAGAAGCGUGCUGUUCAAGUGAAAGGCACUGUGUGUGUGGGGCACCAUUGUUAAGAAGACUCUUCACCCUUCCCGAACAAAGAAAACCCAUCAAGAUUCCUCUCAAAAUUAUUGUUUUUUUCUUCUGUUUUAAGCUAAGUAUUUGGGCGAAAACAGAGCAGAAAUCAAAAUUUUUUGUGGGGUUUGGUUAUUGUUGAUUAAAGAUUAAAAAGCAAGAAGAUUUGAUAUGGGUUUAGUUUGAGGGGUGAAAGUGGUGAAUGGGAUGCUGAAAAAGUUAAAAAAAGAUUGAAUUUGAGGGGUGAAAGUGUGAAUUUGGUGUGGAAAAGUUGAAAAAGAUUGGAUUUUGAUUCACUCUGAGGGUUGAAAGUGGUGAAUUUGGUUUGUAGAAUUGAAAAAGAUUUGAUUUAGAGGGGUGAAAGUGAAAGUGGUGGUGCAAAAGUUGAAGAAGAUUUGGUUUGGUUGAUGGGAAUUGGUUGUAACAGGGGAAGGAAGGGGGGGUCAUGAGAAAGUCUUUCAAAGAUUCACUUAAAUCCCUUGAAGCUGAUAUUCAACAUGCCAAUACUCUGGCAUCAGAUUAUCCAAGGGAAUAUGAUGGUGGUUGCCUUCAGAUGAGGUUAUCAUACAGCCCAUGUGCUCACUUCUUUCUGUUUUUUGUUCAAUGGAGUGAUUGUAAUCUUGCUGGUGCCCUUGGCUUACUCAGAAUCCUUAUUUAUAAGGCGUAUGAGGAUGGGAAGACAACCAUGUAUAUUCAUGAGCGCAAAGCUACUAUCAAAGAAUUCUAUGGUGUUAUAUUUCCAUCUUUAUUGCAACUUCAAAGGGGGGUCACUGAUAUUGAAGAUAGGAAACAAAAGGAACUUUGUGCAUCCAAGUACAAAAAAGAUGAGAUGAACAAAGGCAAACUAUCCGAAAUUGAAAUCGAGCGCGAGGAAGAAUGUGGGAUUUGCUUAGAAUUGAGUACCAAGGUUGUCUUGCCCGAUUGCAACCAUUCUUUGUGUAUGAAGUGCUACACAAAUUGGCGUGCUCGAUCUCAGUCAUGUCCAUUCUGCCGUGAUAGUUUGAAACGGGUGAACUCAGGUGACCUAUGGAUUUACACUUGUCGCUAUGAAGUCAUCGAGUUAUCCACAAUUGCAAGGGAGAAUUUGUGGAGGCUUCUUAUGUAUAUUGAGAAGUUACCUCUUGUGGUUGUGGAUCCUGUUACUAUUUCUUAUGACCCUCGGUACCGAUGAGGGCGAUGCGGUCGCUUAUUAGUCAUUAUUGAUUUGUGCAUAUAAUUUGCUUAUUGGUAAUUAUCGAUUUGUUUAUAUAAUUGUUGUUUGAUUUGGGCGUUUCGAUGUAUCCUCUCCAAGUGAAAAGUGAUGGCCGAAACUAGAAUGAUGUUACUAUUGUGGAAGUUGUACAUUGUUUAAGAUUUGAACAGUUUUCUUUCUUGAUUGGUAUGUAUAUAAUUUACUUCUUUUAUUUUA